CGUGGUAUUUAUUAAAAGCCAGUCCCAGGCAGAGCCCGGCGGGCAGGGCCUGCCCGCUCUACGCGUAACUGUCGCCGGCGGCCCCAACCUCCGCCCCUGAGAGCGGCCGCGCCGCACGGGGCAGAGAGGGACGGAGGGACCGGCGGCCCGCCCCGGUGUGGCAGGCGCGGUCGCUGGCAGGCGGCCGGGGCCGCCCGAAGGCGGGAAGGGCGAGGAGAGCCGGCUCCGAGCGGGCCUGCGUGGGGAGCGCAUAGAGCAUCGCGGUGGAAGGGCCACGCACGGAGCACCUUCUGUGCCAGGCGAGCCGCGAGUCUGUGGUGCUGGAGGACCGCGUGCCUGGGGCAGGCAUUGCCCGGCAAACGCUGGGCGAGCGGCGGUCCCGCUGACGGUCCCGGCUCCGGUCCCAGGCCCGGUCUCGGUGGCGGCGCGACGAGCACCAUGCUGGCCACCCGGUUGUGCACCAUGAGGAAGCUUCCUUCUGUUCUGGCUAGGACACUCACUUCUGGGACCAGUGGCUCUUCAGUGCUUCCUGACAUGUCUGAAGGACACUUACCCAUUCAUGUGAAUAAUGUGCGGAGCAGAUUGAGGGAUAUAGUGGGAGCAUCUACCAACUGGAGGGAUCACGUACAAGCAAUGCAAGAAAGAAAAGCUCUUCAUACUUUACUGGCAAAACGGCAGGAAGAUCUCCCUCCUAGGAGAAUGAAAGAUAGCUACUUGGAAGUUAUCCUGCCUCUAGGAAGUCAACCUGAAAUAAGAGAAAAGUAUCUGAAUGUACACAACAGUGUAAGGUUUGGAAGGAUACUUGAAGAUCUUGACAGUUUAGGAGUUCUUAUUUGUUACACUCACACCAAGCAGGAAAUGCAGCCAAGGUCUCCCUUAUCAAUAGUUACAGCUCUGGUGGAUAAAAUCAAUUUGUGCAAGAAGAUUAUAUAUCCAGACUGUGACAUUAAAUUCACAGGCAAUGUUUCUUGGGUUGGAAGGACCUCAAUGGAAGUGAAGAUGCACAUGCUGCAGCUACAUGAUGGUGAUUACAGCCCCGUGUUAGAUGCAACCUUUGUCAUGGUGGCCCGGGAUCCAGAAAAUAAACGGCCAGCAUUUGUUAAUCCACUUGUUCCUGAGACCCCCGAGGAAGAAGAAAUCUUCAAGCAAGGGGAAUUGAACAAGCUGAAGAGGAUUGAUUUCAGCACUGCCUCCUUACUGAAAAUGGCUCCCACUGCAGAAGAAAGAAACAUUAUUCAUGAUAUAUUCCUUAAUACAUUGGACACAAGGACAGUAAGUUUCCGGAGUCGUAAAUUACCACCCAAUUCAGUGUGGAUGGAAGAUGCAAAGCUAAAAGGCCUACAGAUUUGUCAUCCUCAGGAACGGAACAUCUUCAAUAGGAUCUUUGGGGGUUUUCUCAUGAGAAAGGCAUUUGAACUGGGAUGGGCAACUGCUUGCAGUUAUGGGGGCUCCAGACCUUUUAUUGUAUCUGUUGAUGACAUCAUGUUUCAGAGGCCAGUUGAGGUUGGAUCUUUAUUACUGCUUUCUGGACAGGUCUGUUACACAGAAAAAAACUACAUCCAGGUCCGAGUACACAGUGAGGUUUAUGAUGCAGAUACCAGGGAGCACCAGACAACCAAUAUCUUCCAUUUUACGUUUAUAUCAGAAAACGAGGUCCCACGAGUUGUCCCCAAAACUUAUGGAGAGUCCAUGUUGUAUUUAGAUGGGAAGCGACACUUUGCUGCCAUCAUGAAAGAAAUCUGACACACACUGAAAAUGCCGCAUCAGCAGUGUAGCAGCAUGACGUCUUGCAAAGAGCUGUCACCAGAGAUGGCUAACAGACAGGUGCUUGCAACACUGAAAAAAAAAGCACCCCAAAACAGAACCCAAACCCCACAACAAAAAAUGCCUUUUUAGUGUUAUUUAUGUAUUUGCAUAUAUUUGGAUUUUUUUAUUCUCUGAUACUAGGAUUUGUUGAAAUCUACUUUUAAGUGCUAAUGCUAGGAAAAAAGGAUGAAAAAAUGCAAUCUUAAGCUUUAGAUAGCUUCUCUGUGUCUGCUUUGAGAGAUCUCAUUAGACCUUUGCUGUCUUGUCACCAUCUGCCUUUUUUCCCUUAGUAGCUCUCCUUUGUUUUUCCCUGAUACGGGAUAGGAAUUCUGUUAGAAAAAUGUGUGCAAUAAGUAAAUACAUACAGAUGAAGCUAUUUGACCUACAUUCUUGUGUAAAUCAAGUUUAGGGUUGUUUUUUUUUUUUUUUUUUUUUUUUUAAACAAGGACACAUGCAUCUGGGCUGCAGCAUAAGCUCGGAAGUUACUAGUGUGUGCACAAUGUAAAGCAGGUGUUUCCCAUCAGCUGGGGUUUUACAAGGUCGUUGCAGCUUCUGUUUUGGAAGGUUUCAUGUUCCCUUGGGAGGAGACUGGUUUUUGCAAUGAAAUGAGGUGGCCAGAUAGUCUCUUCUGGCAUUCUGUUUGUGUAUAGCCAGUCCUUGCCAGUCUCUUCUAUUUUUUUGUUUUUUUAAUGUAACCAUGAGUUCCUUAAUGAACUACUUCUCCAGGCCUGUAGAGCAGAGAUCUGAUUGGUGAGAUUGGGUGGGACUGGGAAAUGGCAUCGUAGAGCAGAAUGUUUUGGUUUGUUAGGGAUUGGGAGCAGAGAAGGUAAAAUGCUGCUCAAAUGGUAACAGUUGUGUUUGAUGCUGGACUUAGGGGUCCAGAGAAUCUGUGUUGAGCAGCUCCUAAGUCAGCUGCUGAAUGGUGGGAGGAUUUUUAUCCCACUGAGGGGUGGUUCAGCUGUAGAACAGCCUCCUCACUUGAAUUAUUUGUCUGGUUCCUUGGUAGACUGUAAUGAAAUAUGAGUAUUGCACAGCUUUAAAGGUUGUCACGUUUGCCUGUGAAGGACAGAGUAAUUCCCCACCACAGAGGGGACACCACAGUGGAUGUACUGUGGCAUAUAAGUAACAGGAAGAAAAAGUACUCAAUACUGAAGUGCUUCUGGUGUAGUGGAGGAAGUUUUAAUGGUCUCCAGUAUCUGGCAGAUGAAGCCCAACAUCCUGAAAUUGGGAAGGUGAUUAGUCACAAGCACAAAAUUGGAGCUCUGAUACCUUCAAAUUAAGACUGAUAACCUGUCUGAUCAAGACACCCAAAGAGGAGUAGUUGGGCUCAAUGGUAGGAUGAAAUACGAUGUCUUAUAAUACACAAGAAUAGACUCCAACUUCCCUGCUAGGUUUAAAAUCUUUUGAAAUCAAGAAACAGCAAGUAGAAAUGAUGUGAAUUGGCACAGAUGCAUGAAAUAGAUUGAUAAAAUAAAGCAACCCGUUGAAAUUUUAUUUCUGAGUAAGAAAGCUUGAGAAAGUCACAGUUAGGACCAGCUUCCUUUGGUGCUAGGAUAGUGUGAAGUUCGUGGCUCCUAACAGCUGAUUGCUAUUCAUAUGAGGAGAGUGAGCACUGUAGUAACCAGCAUGUUCUGCAUCAGCCUUCCCUUUCUAAGAUUUGGCUGCCUGUAUUUCUAAGUUAGGGAGCUUACUGGUGGAGGCACAGGGGUGUUGCCUGAGCCAGAUCAGAUCAAUGCGUUGCAGUGACAGGAAGCUCCUCGUUGCUUAUGUAGAGUUUCUCUCUUCAGCCACACUCCAGUGCUGACUCAGCUGUAUGAUGGUUAAUCUUUUUCGUUAUUGGUUAUGACACUGUGGAUAUAUAUGUUGUAUUUUCUGUUUGUCUCCUUUUUAACACUCUUUGGAAGCUGAAUAUACUUGACUGACCACACAAAUAAAGAACUGAAAUUCUAUCCC